AUGUGGUGGGCCCUGCUGCCUCUACCGCUGCUGCUGCCCACGGCGCUGCGCCCCAGCUGGGCAGGGCCACCCCAGGAGAGGGGCCCUCUUUUCCGGCUCACUCCGCGGGAGCCCCGGGAGAGCGGGACCAGCAACGCCACGGUGUCGCCGUGCGAGGGGCUGCCCGCCGCGGGAGCCUCGACCUUGACCCUCGCGAACCGCAGCCUGGAGCGCCUGCCCCGCUGCCUGCAGCCCGCGCUGCGCAGCCUAGACGGCAGCCACAACCUGCUGCGCGCCCUGAGCGCCGCCGAGCUCGGGCCCCUGGCGCGGCUGCAGGUGCUGACGCUGCGCCACAACCGCAUCGCCGCGCUGCGCUGGGGCCCCGGCGGGCCGGCGGCGCUGCACACGCUGGACCUCAGCUACAACCGGCUGGCCGCGCUGCCGCCGUGCGCCCCGCCCGCGCUGCCCGGCCUCCGCUCGCUGGCGCUCGCCGGGAACCCGCUGCGGGCGCUGCAGCCCCGGGCCUUCGCCUGCCUCCCCGCGCUGCGCCUCCUCAAUCUCUCCGGCACCGCGCUGGGCCGCGAGCCCGGGGCGGGCAUCGCCGACGCGGCCUUCACGGGAGCGGGCGGCGCGCUCGAGGUCCUGGACCUCAGCGGUACGUUCCUGGAGCGCGUGCAGUCAGGGUGGAUCAGAGACCUCCCGAAGCUCACGUCUCUCUACCUGAGGAAGAUGCCCAGGCUGAGAAUUCUGGAGGGGGACAUUUUCAAGAUGACCCCCAACCUGCAGCAGCUGGAUUGUCAAGACUCCUCAGCACUUACCUCUGUCCAUACACACAUCUUCCAAGACACUCCUCGCCUACAGGUCCUUCUGUUCCAGAACUGCAACUUGAGUUCCUUCCCUCCUUGGAGUCUGCAUUCCUCCCAGGUCCUGUCCAUCAGCCUCUUUGGCAACCCCCUCAUUUGCAGCUGUGAAUUGUCCUGGCUCCUCAGGGAUGCAAAGAGGACUGUCCUAAGCAGGGCAGCGGACACUGUGUGUGUACCAGCUUCAGGGUCCCAAGACACCUUCUCGGCCCCUCUUUCGCUGACCCAGCUGCCCACUGUGUGCCAUCUGGACCAAAGCACCACCCUCCUCCAUUCCAGCUCGCCCUACUCUGUUCCCUUCGCCCACGCACCGUCUACGCAGGGUCUCACCACCCCACUGAGCACAGCACCCUCCACUCGACCGGUGGAAGGUGGGCAGAGCGUCACCAAGCCCCCCUCCCUCCCCGCGGAUUCUGCCACGCAAACUGCAUGGUCACACAGCGCCAUCAAGGUGGGGACCGCCCCCUCCCCGGCCAUCUCCACAGCAGAUUCCAGCAACUCCGGCACUCUGCGCAGGGCUGCAAGCACAGCUGGGACAGAGCCCCAAGAAGAACACGCUGCCAUGGUGGGCCAUGCGCCUCACGUCUCAGCUGCCUCCACCGCCUCCGCCAGCAAACACCCUGGGCUCUUCCCUGCCCCCUGGAGCCCAGCGUGGACGCCGCAGCCCGACUGCACGACACAGGCCACCCCGCAGGCGCCCCACCCGAGUCCUUCCGAGGGCGCGAUUCCCAUCUUGCUGUUGGACGACUCCAGUGAGGAGGAGGAGGAGGGGCAGAAGGAGGAGGUAGGCGCGCUUCCCCAGGAUGUCCCCUGUGAUUACCACCCCUGCAAGCACCUCCAGACCCCGUGCGCGGAGCUGCAGAGGCGCUCGCGGUGCCGGUGCCCCGGCCUCAGCGGGGAGGACACCCUCCCGGACCCCCCCAGGCUGCAGGCGGUGACCGAGACCACCGACACGUCGGCCCUGGUCCGCUGGUGCGCCCCCAACUCGGUGGUGCGCGGCUACCAGAUGCGCUACUCUCCCGAGGGCCGGCCGGGGAACCAGUCGGUGACGGUGGUGGCGGACAUCUACGCCACCGCCCGGCAGCACCCCCUGUACGGGCUCUCGCCGGGCACCACGUACCGCGUGUGCGUCCUGGCCGCCAACCGGGCGGGCCUGAGCCAGCCGCCGGCCUCGGGCUGGACGCGGGCGUGCGCGGCCUUCACCACCAAGCCCAGCUUCGUGCUCAUCUUCGCGGGGCUGUGCGCCGCCUGCGGCCUGCUGCUCGUCACCACCCUGCUGCUCGCCGCGUGUCUGUGCAGGCGGGGCCGGUCGCCACGCCCGCAGCGCCACGACACGCACCUGGUGGCCUACAAAAACCCAGCCUUCGACUACCCGCUCAAGCUCCAGACGCUCAGUUAG